UAUCACUAGUGUAUUAAGACAAUUAUUCAGAAAUAUUUUACCAAGCUGGGAAGACCUGGCACCACUCAAGUUAUCUAAACUUUCUAAGCUACCAGCACUAGAAGAAGAGCCAGAGUUGGAAGAGAAAAGGAAAAGUGACUAUGAGACCACUAUAGCUUACCAAAAUACAGAAAUAAGAUG